AUGCAGACAUCAUCCCCCACUGCUUAUAUCACUGGAUGCCUGGACUCAACUGCGGUUCAAGGACACUUUCACGACUUCCGUAAGGCUGACUUCAAUAGCAUGAAUGACUUUCUACAGAACUUGAACUGGACAGAGAUACUACACGGCACGGAUGCCAAUCAAGCUGCUUCAUCAUUGUCGUACGUUCUAGUCUAUGCUAUUGAUCAAUUCGUUUCGAAGAUUAUUCGCCGUAAACCAAUGAAGCCCGUCUGGUCAAAUUCGCAUCUGAAAAGUUUGAAAAGGUUGAAAAGAGCCGCCCUUAAGAAACACAGCAAGUAUCGCAUCGACGAAACCAGAGUUGCCUAUCUCGAAGCAAAGCAAAAUUAUUCCUGGCUCAAUGAUCGACUAUAUGCUGCCCAUCAAAUCAACAUUCAAGAUUGCCUUAAGUCCGAGCUUAAAAGUUUUUGGAACUACGUGAACGACCAACGGAAGCAGACAGAUCUGCCAUCGACAAUGACAAACGGUAUUUCGGAAGCCAGUACUAUCAUGGCAAUAGCUGAUUUGUUUCGUUCCCAGUUUAGCAGCGUGUUCUCCGAUGAAGCAACUCCUGUUCAUGCAAUCAAUGCUGCCAAAAUUAAUGUUCCUCAACUGACAAAUCUCGGGCAUAGCUUCACCGUUACACUGGACACGGUAUCUGGCGCCCUCGAGCGGUUGAAAUCAUCUACCGGACAUGGUCCAGAUUGUAUUCCAUCGCUUCUAUUGAAAAUAUGCUCAACAGCAUUAGUGUUACCGUUAGCUACAGUCUUCAAUAAGUCUCUGACAACCGGAGUUUUCCCGAACAGUUGGAAACAGUCAUAUGUGUUUCCCAUGCAUAAGAAAGGCUGUAAACAGAGUGUCGCUAAGUACCGCGGGAUCGCUGCACUGAAUGCUGUAUCUAAACAGUUUGAGCUCAUCGUACUCGACGAACUUGUACAUAUUUACGCACAUUAUGUUUCGCCCAAUCAACAUGGUUUUGUACCCAAACGUUCUACCACCAACUUGUCAUCGUACACUUCGUUCAUCAUACGUGAAAUGGAAAAAGGUCAACAGGUAGACGCUAUCUACACAGACUUGUCAGCAGCUUUCGACAAAAUGAACCACGAAAUAACUAUUGCUAAAUUUGAUAAAUUAGGUUUAAAUGACAGGUUUAAGUGA